AUGGUUGACGACUGCACCACCCCCAUCGACGAUCGAUACGAAGUGGGAAGAAUUGCUGACGAUGAAGAAUACCUACGUGAAAGAAGUGCGGACGAGUUGUCGUUUUGGCUUAAGAAGAACAAACCGAAGACAAUUCGUAUGAAUUGGUGCUGCCCAAAGAAGCCAGAAUCUAAGUCGAUCCAGUGUGGCUUGCGAGUGGACAAUCUUCCUUUGGCAUAUGAUUCACAGAAUUUGCCUUCCACUGAGGAGAAAUGGAAUAAAACGGUGUUUUUCUCGAAACCAUUUGGAAGCUACGAAUGGCCACCUUCCGUAAGUGUGGUGACGUACGCCUCGAAUCCACAGCUGAAUCGCCCGGCUCUCAGUGACUGUGAAACGGCCAUAAUAGCCGCUUUUGAGGAUGAAGCGCUUUUUGCUAAAUGGAUCGAUUUACUUCUUAUCGAGAAAAACGAUUCAAGGGAUGUCAACAGCAACACUGUAUGGUUGAUAAAGAGAGCUGAACAACGUCUGGCCGCUGAAAUUUUCACUGGAGUUGCAAAGGGGACAAAAUAUCUGGGGUUCAAGAAAUUGAAUGCAUUGUGGGAGUGGCUGGCGCCGGCCGUGGACGAGCUCUACGAUCACAUGAAUGCCGAUGCCUAUUCGACUUGGAAUAUCUGCAUUACUGAUGUCUUUAAUCGUGAUGAUACGAGACGUUUCUGGUGGCUAGUGGAGCAAUUCAUUAAAAGUAUGAUGCGUCCUGCUCCAUCAGCUUGGCAUCAAGGAAUAUCUUUGAAGCAUGUUUGUACGGUGUUGGAGGCGAAUAUGAACAAUGAUUUGAAAAGUCUCCCGGAGAGAUUCCAGUUGGAGAGCGUGGAUGUCUGGUUGCAACGUUUCGAAAAGCAAUUGGAUGUUCUCGCUAGCAGGGAAAACUCGCCCGUAGAAUCUAAUGAAAAUGCAAUGGCCCAAGCGAAUUAUGAAGCGAUGACAAAGGAGCCAGGAAAGGACGAUUCUGCUGCAGGUUCCCAGACUGCUGGCUCGUCAAGUUUAGCCGAAAAAGCAGAUCCUCAUAUCUACCUUAGAACGUUGUUAGAAUUUCUUCUGCAAUACUAUGAGGACUGUAUCACGUGUCUAACACCGGGCAUAAUAUCCCUGUUUCCAAUGCUCAUCGAAUACGCUAAUGAAGAUGAGUCUGAGCAUAUUGAUGCAUUCAAGGAUGUCGAUAUCAAGAAUAACGCGAGUAUGUUAGUACAUGAAUACAUGUCGAGUCUUCUGGUCACCGAGAAGUUUGCCGACUCAUUUCUUGACGUCCUUAUCAAUGAACAACUGCGGAAGCUGUCCGUGUGUGACAAUCGCGCCACGCUGCAUGGUGCAGUACUAGGUAUGGGAGCGAUUGUGAUGGCGCAUCCCUACUCCACUCCACCAUUCAUAAUUCCAUUGUUACGAGCACUAUGUACUGUCAAUACUCGCAAUGCUGAGUUACAGGCAAGUAAUGUCGUGCUGUAA